AUGGAGAGUGAGUCCCGAAGGAAGUGCCGGGCGAGGUUUGCCCUGAGGAGGGCCGUCUUCAAGGAGUUCCUGGCGGAGUUUCUGGGGAUCUUUGUCCUGAUCAUCUUUGGAUGUGGUUCAGUGGCCCAGGCCGUCCUGAGCAAGGGGGCGCUGGGGGAGCCCCUGUCCAUCCACCUCGGCUUCACCCUGGGACUUAUGAUGGCCGCCUACAUUGCAGGAGGGGUUUCAGGAGCCCACGUGAACCCCGCCGUCAGCCUGGCCAUGGUGAUGCUGGGCAAGCUCUCCUGGAAGAAGUUUCCCGUGUAUGUGGCCGCGCAGUUUUUGGGGGCUUUUGCCGGUGCCUGCUGCGUUUAUUUGUUGAACUACGAUGCUUUAAUGGAAUAUAGCAACGGAGAAUUCAUCGUUACUGGAGAGAAUGCCACAGCUGGCAUAUUUGCAUCAUAUCCUGCAAAACAUCUUUCCACGCUCAAUGGUUUCGUCGACCAGGUGGCGGGGAGCGCCGCGUUGGUCCUGUGCAUCCUGGCCAUAACCGACUCGAGGAACAUCGGCGCUCCCAAAGGCGUGGAGCCCCUGUGCAUCGGCCUGGUCAUCCUGGCCAUCGCCGUGUCCAUGGGCUUGAACUGCGGCUAUCCCAUCAACCCUGCGCGAGACCUCGCCCCGCGGCUCUUCACCGCCGUGGCGGGGUGGGGGGGGGACGUGUUCAGGGCCGGAGGUUGCUGGUGGUGGGUCCCCGUGUUUGGACCCAUGGUGGGCGGCGUAGCGGGAGCUGCGAUUUAUUUCCUUUUCAUCGAGCUGCACCACGCCGAGCCCAAACAGCAGGAAGAAACCAAUGGCCAGCAAAAGUAUGAAAUCAUAACUUUGACUUAGAAGCAGAGAGUGUGCGGAAAUGAAAUGAACAACAGAAGAAGUACUUGGUUUCCUCCCAGCCAGUCAAGAGAGAAAGGUCAUAAUAAUGAAGAAAACUGCAUUUUUGAAAAAAUGG